AUGGCGAACAACUUGGGCACAACCACAGUUGCCUACACCCUCACUGAAGGAAAUUCUGCAGACAGCAGCAUACAGAAUCCAUUGGUGACCGAAUCUGCCUCCAAGUCCACCAGACCUCGUGAAUGGAGGUUCUUGAAGACUUAUCCUGAAGAAUUUGUAAUUGGGGACGUCUCUCAUGGAGUGCAAACUAGGUCUUCCACUAGAAAGGCAAAUGAAGGUUCAAACAUUGCCCUCCUCUCACAAAUGGAGCCUCAAAACGUCAAGGAAGCCCUUAGUGACCCCUCUUGGAUCAAGGCUAUGGAGGAUGAGCUUCCUGAGUUUGAAAAGAACCAAGUGUGGACGUUGGUUCCAAGGCCAAGUGGAAAGAAAGUGACCGGUAUGAGACAAUUCUGGGCAGAUGAUGAAUGUUUCCUUCAAAACAGCGUGUUCUGGGCUUAUUGCAAGUGA